AUGGAGAUCAUCACCAUCGUCUUCCUCAUUGUCAUCACUCUCUCCUUCUCCAUCUUCCUAAUUAAACUCCUCUUCUUCUCCCCAUCCCACAAACUUCCACCGGGCCCACCUCGUUUCCCGGUCAUCGGAAACAUCAUCUGGCUUAAGAAAAACAGCUUCUCCGAUUUCCAAGGCGUUCUCCGUGACUUAGCCUCCCGUCACGGACCAAUCAUAACACUCCACGUAGGCUCAAAACCUUCCGUCUGGGUCACCGACAGAUCACUCGCUCACGAAGCCCUUGUCCAAAACGGCGCCGUUUUCUCCGACCGUCCUCUCGCUCUCCCCACCACCAGAGUCAUCACGAGCAACCAACACGACAUCCACUCCUCCGUCUACGGCUCUCUCUGGAGAACCCUCCGCCGGAACCUCACCUCGGAAAUCCUCCAACCGGCGCGUGUUAAAGCCCACGCGCCGUCGAGGAAAUGGGCUCUCGAGAUUCUCGUCGGUCUGUUCGAAUCGGAGCAGAGAGAGAAAGGGCAUGUCUCCGAUGCAUUGGAUCAUCUCCGUCACGCCAUGUUCUGUUUAUUAGCUCUGAUGUGUUUCGGCGAAAAACUGAAGAGAGAAGAAAUCAGAGAAAUCGAAGAAGCUCAGUACCAAAUGCUCACCAGCUACACCAAAUUCAGCGUCCUCAACAUCUUCCCGAGCCUGACCAAGUUCCUACUCCGGCGAAAAUGGAGAGAAUUUUUAGAUUUGCGGAAAUCACAGGAGAACGUCAUUCUCCGAUUCGUAAACGCCAGGAGCAGAGAAACCGCCGGAGAUGUUCUCUGCUACGUCGACACUCUUCUGAAUCUAGAGAUUCCGACGGAAGAGGAAGAAGAAGGAGGGAAGAAGAGGAAACUGAGCGAAUCGGAGAUCGUGAGUCUGUGCUCUGAGUUUCUUAACGCAGCGACAGAUCCGACUGCGACGGCAAUGCAGUGGAUCAUGGCGGUCAUGGUGAAAUACCCAGAGAUUCAGAGCAAAGUAUACGAGGAAAUGAAGAGCAUCCUCGUCGGAGAAGAGAUCAAAGAAGAGGAUUUGGUGAAAUUGAGUUACCUCAAAGCUGUGAUCUUGGAGAGUUUAAGAAGACACCCUCCUGGUCACUACUUGUCUUACCAUAAGGUCACAAACGACACCGUUUUGGGUGGCUUCCUCGUUCCCCGCCAAGGUACAAUAAACUUCAUGGUAGGAGAAAUGGGUCGGGACCCGAAGGUAUGGGAGGAUCCACUAACGUUCAAGCCAGAGAGGUUUCUAGAGAACGGAGAAGCGCAAGGGUUUGAUAUGACCGGAACUCGUGAGAUCAAGAUGAUGCCGUUUGGUGCGGGACGGAGGAUGUGUCCCGGUUAUGGACUUUCGCUGCUUCACCUUGAAUAUUACGUUGCCAAUUUGGUUUGGAAGUUCGAGUGGAAAUGUGUUGAUGGUGAAGAUGUUGAUUUAUCUGAGAAGCAACAGUUUAUCACAAUGGUCAUGAAACACCCUUUCAAGGCUAAUAUUUACCCAAGGAAAAAUUAA